AUGGUCCCCUUUCUCGUGGCUGAGAUGCUGACGCUUUACAUCGGUGUCUUCCUGUGCGGCAUUUACGUCGUCACCGCAGGCAUGGCCGGCCGCGCUCUGCUCACGCUGCCCACUGGCCAAUGGCGGACCCUCCGCGAACUCAGCUGGAUUCUCGUCGUGGUCUUCAUGAUGAUUCUCAUCAAUACGAUCGUGCAGACGACAUUGCUGAUGGUCCAGGCUAUGGACGCGUUUGCGCUCUACACGGGUCCCGGGGGACCAGCAAAGGUCUUCACGCGUGGCUCUGCGUGGUUGACCCUCACAAAGACAACUUGUGUUGGCAUCCAAACUCUAAUGGGCGACGCGAUCUUGAUCUGGCGCUGCUGGUUUGUCUGGAAAGCUAAGACACAGCUCGUCAUCGUCUUGCCGGUGAUGGGGUGGAUCGCCAAUUGCGUGCUCAAUGCUUGGGUCGACCAGCUGCUCAGCAAAGUUUCUUCCGGGCUCGUCACAGGGAGCAAAAUUCAGCCGUUCGGGAGAGCGUUCUGGAUUCUCAGCAUCUGUAUCAACAUUUACGCGACUUCGCUGAUUGUGCUGCGGCUCUGGAUGGUCGAGCGGAGCAAUUCCCAAUUCCGGGUCGCCUCGAAUAUGAACAACUCUGGCGUGAAGCGACCCAGGAGCCCUCUGAACCGCGCUAUCCGCAAUAUUGUCGAGGGUGGUAUGCUUAUAACGGUCUCGUCGAUCUUGAUGUGCAUUGCCUUUACUACGCAGAGCACGCUCAACUUUCCCGCUAGUGCAUUUGCAUUCCACAGCGUCGGCAUCUCCUACAACCUCAUCAUCAUCCGCAGCGCCUCGCGCGCCAGCCCCGAGCUGUCGAGCAGCAGAAACCAGGCGUCCAUUCAUCUUCAUUCCAACGCGCCGGGCGGACACGGAAUCCGCACGACCACCACCGUCAUUACCGACGCGAAGCAGGACGCGUACCCGCUCUCGCAUUUACCAACGAAACAGUCAGUGGAUUACGUCGUUUGA